CCCGCCGCCGCCGCCGCCGCCGCCGCGCCCAGCACUGCCCACCGGCUGCCACCAUGAACCCGGACCUGCGCAGGGAGCGCGCCUCCGCCACCUUCAACCCGGAGCUGAUCACCAACCUCCUGGACGGCAGCGCGGAGAAUACCCGGCGCCGUCGGGAGAUCGAGAGCCUGAUCCUGAACGACCCCGACUUCCAGCACGAGGACUUCAACUUCCUCACGCGCAGCCAGCGCUACGAGGUGGCCGUCAGGAAAAGCGCCACCAUGGUGAGGAAGAUGAGGGAGUUCGGCAUCGCGGACCCCGAGGAGAUCAUGUGGUUUAAGAAACUACAAUUGGUCAAUUUUGUGGAACCUGUGGGCCUCAAUUACUCCAUGUUUAUUCCCACCUUGCUGAAUCAGGGCACCACUGCUCAGCAAGAGAAAUGGCUGGAUUCAUCCAAAGGACUCCAGAUAAUUGGCACCUACGCCCAGACGGAAAUGGGCCACGGAACUCAUCUUCGAGGCUUGGAAACCACAGCCACAUAUGACCCUCAAACCCAGGAGUUCAUUAUGAAUAGUCCUACUGUCACCUCCAUUAAGUGGUGGCCUGGUGGGCUUGGAAAGACUUCGAAUCAUGCGAUAGUUCUUGCACAGCUCAUCACGAAGGGGAAGUGUUAUGGAUUACACGCCUUCAUCGUACCGAUUCGUGAGAUGGGGACGCACAAGCCUUUGCCAGGCAUCACCGUCGGAGACAUCGGCCCCAAAUUCGGUUACGAAGAGAUGGAUAAUGGCUACCUGAAGAUGGACAACUAUCGUAUUCCCAGAGAGAACAUGCUGAUGAAAUACGCCCAGGUGAAGCCAGACGGCACGUACGUGAAACCCCUGAGUAACAAGCUGACCUACGGGACCAUGGUGUUUGUCAGGUCCUUCCUCGUGGGAGAAGCUGCUCGGUCUCUGUCCAAGGCAUGCACCAUCGCUAUCCGAUACAGCGCUGUGAGGCACCAGUCUGAGAUCCAGCCAGGUGAACCAGAGCCGCAGAUUUUGGAUUUUCAAACCCAGCAGUAUAAACUGUUUCCGCUCCUGGCCACGGCCUAUGCCUUCCAGUUCGUAGGCGCCUACAUGAAGGAGACCUAUCACCGGAUCAAUGAAGGCAUUGGCCAGGGGGACCUGAGUGAGCUGCCGGAGCUUCACGCCCUCACCGCCGGGCUUAAGGCGUUUACCACCUGGACGACAAACACAGCCAUCGAGGAGUGUCGCAUGGCGUGCGGCGGACACGGCUACUCCCACAGCAGCGGCCUCCCGAACAUCUACGUCACCUUCACUCCCUCCUGCACCUUCGAGGGGGAGAACACGGUCAUGAUGCUGCAGACAGCCAGGUUCCUGAUGAAAAGUUAUGACCAGGUGCACUCAGGAAAGUUGGUGGGCGGCAUGGUGUCCUACCUGAAUGACCUGCCUAGCCAGCGCAUCCAGCCACAGCAGGUAGCAGCAUGGCCCACCGUGGUGGACAUCAACAGUCCUGACAGCCUCACUGAUGUGUACAAACACCGUGCAGCCAGAUUAGUAGAAAUUGCUGCAAAAAACCUUCAGACUGAAGUGAGUCACAGGAAAAGCAAGGAGGUAGCCUGGAACCUGACCUCCGUCGACCUUGUUCGAGCAAGUGAGGCACAUUGCCACUAUGUGGUAGUUAAGCUCUUUUCAGAAAAACUCCUCAAAAUUCAAGAUAAAUCCAUCCAGCCUGUCUUAAAGAAUCUGUGUCUCUUGUAUUCUCUGUAUGGAAUCAGUCAGAAGGCGGGAGAUUUCCUUCAGGGGAAGAUCAUGACAGAGUCUCAGAUCACCCAGGUCAACCAGCGUGUAAAGGAGCUGCUCACUCUGAUUCGCCCCAAUGCCGUCGCUUUGGUUGACGCAUUUGAUUUUCAGGAUGUGACCCUUGGCUCUGUACUUGGCCGCUAUGAUGGGAAUGUGUAUGAAAACUUGUUUGAGUGGGCCAAGAAAUCCCCACUGAACAAAGCAGAGGUCCACGAAUCUUAUUACAAACACUUGAAGCCACUGCAGUCCAAGCUCUGAUGUCGCAAGGACAAGUCUGAUCCGCACAGAGCAGCUGUGUGCAACUCCCGUCACACUUGAUACAUGGAUCUGGGUGGAAUCCUUAUCAAAUUGAAAUAAUCACAGAGCAAGGGCUAAAUUGACCCCAUUCCUCUUUCUAUAAAUGAAGGAAAAAAAUGAACAGAUUUCAAAGAUUAAGUGAAAAAAAAUAGAUGUAUUUUAAGUGCAAUUAACACUGAAAGAGAUUCAGAAAAAGUUUAUGACUUCCAUUUGUAACGCUGCUGAUCCCAUAGGCCAGGGCUUUUGGUAAUUAGCAGAAUUUAACUACUAAGUAGUUAAUUAUUUUCACAUAUUAAUUGCUAAUCACUGGCUAUGUAAGUCUUUUUAAGCAAAGUUUUUCUCACGGGGGCAGAACCCCACCAAGUUCCCUGCUCCUGGUCCUUCACGACUCCCGUGGUUCAGGACUGAAGGAAAGGCCUGGGGGAGAGAAACGAAUCCAGAAACCUGCUAGGAAGGGAUUCGUGCCUGGCCGUUUUCUGCCUGUCUGCCUGCCUUUGCCAGUGCGUGGCUCCUGUCUGACUGCGCACAAUAGUGUUUUUCCAGCAAGGGGACUUUUAUUUUUUUACCCCAGAUCUACAGGACCCUUCGCUCCUGUAGUCAGGAAUUUUUCUCCCAUUCAAAAGAUCCCUGAAUUGCUGUGGUAGCACUCGACCUCCCCUUGUCCCCCACUCCUUGGGAAGAAGCUGGUAACAAAGUUAACCUCUGCAUCUGACUUGGGCCAGCUGCUGGGGCCUCACUCAGUGGUGUUUGAUCUCCCUCACUUCUGAAAGAGGCACUGAAAAGAGAAGACAAAAAUCACGGUCCCCCCUCUUCUAAGGGAGAGCUUCUAGCUGUGGCGCUGCUGUAACUUUGCUGACCACAGUGGGGUUUGGGGGACGAUGCAGAUUUCAAACAUUCUGCCAUCUCGGCAUAAGCCAUUACAAUCUGUUGGGCACUAAAAAUACAGACGUCACUUGGGUCACCACUUCCACCCAGAAAUAACAGAAAAAUCUUUUGACACAAGCUAUGUGUUCUGAUUUUUGGUUCAGAGAACAAUCAUUGAAACUCUGGCUUAAAGAUAAAUGGAAGUUCUGUAGAUUCUGAGUCGCACUGUUGACUGUUUUCCGUGUGUCCUAAGAGCUUUUACCUGAACUGCUCAGUUGGCUUUCUCAGCCGAAAUCUGAUUUGUACAAUCAGUACAUUUAGAGGUUGACUAUGUGAACAUGAAUUUUGUUCUUAGAGAAUCAGUAUAAAACAACAUAAGCCACUUGAUGUUUUUUCUUAAUCUGGUGACUGUAUGUGCUGUCUGCCUCAUGAAGCCAGUUCUAGAAUCAGCCCUGAGGAUACGGUGUAACUCCACGAGUUGUCUUGGCACCUGGCAUAAAGUCUUCCGGGGAACGGGUAAUAUGAGCCCUAGGGGUUACAACAGAAACUGUGGUGACAAAAGCUGUAAUUGGGAAAGCUGAUGGUUGUAAGAUUGAAGAUUAACAACAAGUGUGUGUUCUCUGCACAGCCUCCUUCCAUCCGGCGCCUCAGCUUGUAUGAAAUCUGACAUUUUAAUACUAGCAUUUUUGUUGACACUGGGAUGUUUGUCCUGAACUUUAGUCAAUAUAAUCAAAGCAGGAAGACCCAGUGAAACCUCACUGAUCAUAUAUUAAGAGAGAGCAUGCCACACAAACAAAUCUAAAUCAUGAAGAAGUUCGUACUUAGGCUCACUAGUUUUAGAGAACACUACACAAAGCCAGAAGGAAGGAGACCUGCCCGGGCAGACGGCAUCAGCCAGCUGGAACUGCUGGCGCUGGAGCAGCACUUGUGAGUGGCUCCGGGCAUCGGGGGCCUUGGCAGGACUCAGUGCAUAAUUGUGGCUGCACAAGGAAGCCAGACUCUGCUCCUGAUAAGUGUGGGUCUGUUGUGAGCCGUUUUCACAAAA